GCUCAGUUGUUACUUGUUAGAGUGCAACACUGAAUAUGGAUGUGCUGAACAGAGGAAGAAAUAAAUGUUGAAAAGAAGAAAACCAUGUCAGGACAUCUCAAUCAACAAGACCUGCAUGUGGUGGUCUUAGGUCCAAUUGAGUCAGGAAAGACACCUGUAAUAAACAAUGUGCUUGGUGAGCCAGAUGAGUCAGAAAAAAAGACAGGUGAUUGUGUGAAGAGAGAGGGGGAGGUUGGUGGCAGAAAGCUUAUUUUUAUAGAUACCCCAGGUUGGAUCAGGCAUUUUCCUGUUAUUGACACAGCAGAGGUUAUCAAGCAUAAGAUUGUGCAGAGUGUGUCUAUGUGUCCACCAGGACCUCAUGCUUUCAUUCUGGUCAUUGGUAUUGAUGUGCCAUUCACUGAGAAGAACAGGAGGUCUGUGGAGGAACACGUUGGCCUCUUUGGGGAGAAAAUAUGGGAGCACACAAUAGUGGUGUUCACCAGAGGAGAAUCUCUGGAGGGUGAAAGCAUAGAGCAUCAUGUUGAGAGUGAGGAAGAGGCUCUGAAGUGGCUGAGAGAGAAAUGUGGGAACAGGUGUCACAUGUUUAACAUGGACAGUACAACAGAAGGUUGCAAUGAGGUGAAUAAGCUACUAGAACAAAUUGAUAUUCUAGCAAAGACUAGAAACAGUUGUUUUGAGCUCGAUGAGAAAAUACUGAGGGAAGUUGAAGAGAAGAGGAACACUUACAGGGAGAGAGCACAGCAGAGAUUUCAGAAGGUUCAGAUCCAAAGAGAAAUACUACAGAAAUAUGAUGUCAGACUAUCAGAACUCAAGAUUCUUCUAUUGGGGUGGUUGUUCUCUGGGAAAACAUCUGCAAAGAAUACAAUAUUGUGCCGUGUGAAACAUACAAAGAGAACUAGAACAUAUCAGUCUAAGGGUAAAUCUGGAGAAGUUUCUGGAAGACGAGUCUCUGUGGUGGAUACCCCUGGCUGGUGGAAGUACUUACCUGCCAAAUGCACUCCAGAAUGGGUGAAGACAGAGUUACAGAGAGGGCUGACGCUUGAUUCCAAAGCUCCUCAUGCCAUACUUCUAGCUGUUCCAGCAGACACAACCUUCUCUGAGGAACAGAGGAAAAUCACUGAAGACAAUAUGAAGAUGUUUGGUGACCAGGUCUGGAGACACACCAUGGUGCUGUUCACAUGUGGUGAUCUGUUGGGAGACACAAGCAUUGAGGAGCACAUUGAGGGUGAAGGGGAACCUUUGCGAUGGCUUGUGGAGAAAUGUGGGAAUAGGUACCACGUCCAGAGUUGGUAUGACAAAGAAGAUGAAGUCAUGAAGCUGCUGAGGAAGAUUGAGGAAAUGAUGGCCAGUCUCUGUUUGUUUAGGCCAGAACCUGAAUCACAAAAAUGUAUUGAUAAAAAGACCACUGAAGAUCUGAUAGAAUUACCAAAUGAGAUGGUGCAUUUCUUGGAUCAGAAAUGGCAGAAAAUGGAUAGAGAAUUAGAGGAGAAGAUUGUGACCAUCUGCAGUGAAUUCACACCAAAGCUGAAAGGAAGUAUGGAUAAUCCUGGAACAAUAUUCAGAGACGAUCACUCAUCCUCUGAGGAAACUUCAGGAGAAGGCACCUGUUCACCGAGGCCAUCUGAAUCCAAACUGCCCAUCAAGAAAUCUCUUAUUAAUGCUGCCACAGGGCUUGAAGACCAAGAGCCAGCCAGUGAGAAGCCUGCUGGUCAGAUGGAGAGAAUGAAAGAGAUGUUGGAGAGGGAGUGGGGGAGACGGGAGUUUGGCGUCACACAGAGAUUUCAGCAUCAUAUAUCAGAGCUAAAAGAAUUUGGGUCUGAAGCUGAUGUGCAUGACCUUAACCGAUCAUACAGAAAAGUCGUAUGGUGGAUGCAUCAUCCAUCAUCAGGAAUUGCCUCAGACCUACCUGUAGAUGACUUACACACAGAGGAAAUGGGUGUAAAUGAAUGAAUUGUAGUCCUAUCUAAGGGACAAAAAAUAUAUAUCAUGACCACCGCUAGUUUGUUGUUUGUUAGUAAAGUUUUUUAUUUGUUUGUUUUGUCAUCGUUUUAUGUGUGUGUGUGUGGGGGGUUACUGGAUGAACUAAAGUAAGGUAAAAAUCAAUUGUUUAACUCGAGGGGAGAUGGAAAAUGAGCGUAAUUCCCCAAAUUGUGGAAUAUUUAACUUGCAUUCAAUUUGACUGAAUUAUUUGCAUAAUUUAUUGUAUUCAUAAUAAACUCUUAAUUCCCUAAAUUAUAACUUAUAAAUGUAAUCAUUCCUAUAUUGUAAGAACCUGUAAAUAUAAUUGAUAUAAUUUGGUCUUACAGUAGAUAAAAUGUAAACUUAAUUACUGUUAUGUUUUGCUAAGAACAAAUCACUGUUGUUUUACUGUUGUCAUGUUUUGUUAAAAACAAAUUUGGCAGCGUUUUUUAUUUGUCCAUUUGAUUAAAUGUAAAACAGAAUAAACUGUCAGAAAUGGUAACAACCUGGCAGUGAUGGGCAAAAUGUAGUGAGCUAAGCUACAAGCUACUUUAGGCCUAUUAGCUACUCUUAAAGGAGAAAUCCAAAAACAAUAGUUUUUUACCUAGCUUGAGUUGCAUCAGCCAACAGUUAGAGCUUACAGGCAGCUACAGUGCUACACUCUGGUUCUUGAGCCCCCAUGUUCAUGCCCCCAAAUGUAGUGAUGUAGCUGCCUGCCUACUUAACCAUUUUUUUUUCUCGUUCUGACAAUAUUCAGUGACUUUCAGAUCUAUGAAUAUUCAGAUCUAUAUGAAAAAUUGACUGAUUUCUCUUUAAAGCUUAAUUUAUUUUCUAAGUAUCUUGCCCAUAACUGGAACCUGGUAAUACUACAGAAACAAAUAAGACUUCCUUUUAGUGUAGUUUCAUCUUAAAUUGUCAUGUUUAAUUAAUAAUGUUGCGGAAUGUAUAUAAAAGUCUGUGUUGAAUGCAUGAAAAAAAAUAUUUAUCUGUUUGAAAUUGUAAGAGUCUGGCAAUACUAAGAAAAUAAAAAAUGCUUCCUUUU